AUGUCGUCAACUGGAAGUCCGGGCCCAAGUACAUCAACUGCCAAUGGCGGUUCAUCUAAAAUGUCUGGACUAGCCAAGCGAUCAACAGCGGCUAAUUUCUUCAACAAAGAUGAAGAAACAGAAAAAGUAUCGGAGCCGCAGUCAGCUACAUAUGACGUUGUUGUUGAGCUCCUCAAUAACGCAGCUGUUAUGGGAAAGAGUGCUGACAAGAUUGCAAAUCUCCGAAAGGUCCAGGAACUCAUCAUACAUCACUCACCGGACUUGCUGGACAACUUCCUGGAUGAAAUGCUGGCAUACCAGUCAGAUUCUUCAACAGAUGUCAAGAAGUUCAUUAUUGGAUUUAUGGAGGAAGCUUGCAAAAAGGAUAAUGAUUGUUUGCCAAAAAUCUUGCCAAACAUGAUUAUGCUCCUCGGAGAUGAUGAUAUCAAUGUACAGAAGAAAGUCAUCCUGACUGUCAGCAGUAUGUUCAAGCUGACAUUGAUUUGGAUCAGCAAAGCCAAGAAAACUACACAUGACAUGAGCUCAGUGUGGGCCCAUCUGUUUGAGUUGAAGAACCUUCUCUAUGACUUGUUGGAGUCAGUCAAUGAUGGAAUUCGAACCCAUGUGGUCAAGUUUCUAGAAGGUCUAACACUUGUGUUUUCAAGGAAAUCACCAGACUCCGAAGGGACCAAGAAAAAUGACAUUGACAUGUCACUGGAGCAGGUGUCAGAAUCCAAUGGCAUUGUACGAAUUAGUCAACUCGAAGAGGAAGGGAAGAGGGCAUUCGGAUGCCUUUUGCAGUUUCAGAGUUCUCCGCAUAUUUCUAGCAUUAAUUUGAUGACCGUCAUGAACGCCCUGUCCACCAUCGCAAAGCAACGGCCAGAAUAUUUUGACCAGGUUGUCCAGAGUUUUGAAGCUCUUCACGUGAAUCUGCCACCAACUCUGGCCAAGUCACAGGUGAGCAGUGUCCGUAAGAACCUCAAAACUCAGAUGAUGAGUUUGCUCAAGCAUCCAGCUUCGGUGGAUUUCAUACCUCAGAUCUCAACCUUGUUAAUUGACCUGGGUGCCAGCCAGUCAGAAAUUACAAAGAACAUGCCUAAGGAUACUGAGAGUCGCAAGAGAAAAGCCCAGGAACUGAGUGCCAGCUCAGCAGUCAAGAAGAUGAAACCAGAGUUUGAUGAUGAUGAUGACGGUGUCACACCCUGGGUGGACCGAAGCGCUAAGAAAAGCAAGGUAGAGCCGUUGGCAAAUAAGACAGCCAUUGAUGUCACAGCAGAAGAUAUUCUUCCGAGACUCAAUCCACAGAAUGUCACAGAUCUGGUUCUGCUGAGCAUGGUGAUGCUGCCUGAUACUAUGCCAGCCCAGUUUCAGUCGACGUACACCCCAAUAGCUGCGGCUGGCACUCAGGCACAGAUCAGCCAUAUUGCCCGACUGCUGUCCACACAGGUCACCAUGGCUGGGAUGGGCAAAGGGCUGGGAGAGCUACAGCUGCAGAUGGAACAGGGUGUCCCCGAGGAGCCGACAUCUCCUAAACAGGUGAUCCAGACAGUUGUAGGUAUCAAAUACGAUGAAGAAGACAUUGUGCCGACACGGCUGAAAAUCUCACAACUUCCG